AUGGCGGCUUCGAUAACUCGAGUGAUGCAGCGUACCAUCACUAUCACCAAUGCAACCGGAAGCACGCAGACAUACGCACUAUUCGCUGCUACCCCUACCGUUACCCCAGCCAUCUCGUCCAUCAACAACAACAUCAUCCUGGUCCUGCGCGGCGUGGCCAGCACAACCGGCCAAGCCUACUUCACGCUCCCAAAGGGUCCAUUGUACGCCGUCUGCGGUGUGAGCUACGGUGGUGAAUCGACAGUCGAGACCCAGGUUGAAGUUCUAGACACUCGACCUAUAGACACGGGGCGCAAGUCAGACGACGGCACGGCAUUGCCCGGCACCACGUUGGAGCUGAUCAUGCGCAAGGGAACGCCCAACUUCUCCAACAAACCAGACAUACCGCCCAGUGGCAAUGAGGGCUGCUUCUGUAUUCGCACAAGUAGUGAAUUUACGCAUAGUGACGCUCGUGCUGGUGAUUUUGUCGUUGGACUGUCUCUUUUCAAGAAAUUGUCCCGCUAUUUCGGACCGUUUGCAACUUUUCGUCCCGCGCCGGGAAUGGAGUACCAGAUUCAGCCACAGAAUCGGUUCUACUUGGCCGUAGGGGACUACCCCGUGCGCUCGCACACCGUCGAGGGCCUGGAGAAGCGAAGUUGUCUGGUGGACUUUGAUCAGUUGGAGCUGGAUGACGUGCAGGUUUACCACGAUGAGCAUGGUCGUCUCACUGUGCGGUCUGACUUCAAUGAGGAUUAG